AGAAGAAUGUACUGCAAGAAAGACUAAAAUGGCGGUGCUCGUGGAAGGGCAGGAAUAUGGUCUUUUUUCACAGGGAACUUAUUCCAGUUCUAACUCAUUAAUAUUUGUAAAAUUAACAGAUUCAGCACUGAAAGCCAUAGAGGACUGUUUGAAAAUCAACAGAAGCAACAUUCCGAAGCCAACCGUUCAGUUUCAAGCCAACAAUGGGGUAAUCCAUGUCCCAGUGAAUGACAAGGAUAGACUAUCCUUCAGGUUUACUGUGUCAAACACCGAAACGGACAAUCCUCAAGGAAGCUUUGAAUGUAUUCAACAGAAGGGGUCAAGAAUCUCUUGGGAGCAUGUUAUCGAAGAUGCAGAUUCAUGCCACUGAAGAUAGCUAUGAAAAAACAAGAUAUAAAAUGGAACACGCAGACCUACAAAGCAAGAGAAACUGUACAAAAGUUAUUAAGACUCCAGGGCCUAAUGUAGGUAGAAAAGUUGAGGUCAAAAAGCCUUUAUCAUCCAUUCCUCCUCCUCCACUACGUAAAACUUCAAGUCUACAGCAGAUUCUUCCAACGUUCAUUUCAAAACCUGUUGCUAAGUCAGUUAAUUGUAAUUCCCAACUUGGGGGAACUAACCGUAGGCCCACACCGCCUCCAAAAUCUGGCAAUCCAGACAUCUUACGUAAAUCCUACAGGGAGAGAAUUAUUCAUGUACUUGCUGUCCGUCCAUACAAGAAACCUGAACUUUUGGCUAAACUCAUGAGAGAUGGAAUAAAAGAAAAAGACAAGAAAAGUUUGAGUGUUAUAUUGAGCCAGGUUGCUGUGUUAAAAGAUAACAGCUUUUCCCUACUCAGCCAUGCUUGGAAUGAAGUCCAAGAUGAUUGGCCUUUUUACACACCUCAAGAGAGAGAGUUAAUGAAAAGGCAAAAACCACAAAAUUUAACACCACCUGCUGAGAAUAGACCUCAUUCCCCAUCGAGUCUUCUUUCCAGUAAUUCACCAAUUUCUCAGAAGCGUGGUCCACUAGAAUAUGAGCCCUACCCAGGCAAGAAGCUAAGAAUAUCCCACUACCAAAAGCCUGAAGUGAAUGGUGCCUCUCCAUCUCUAGGUUUUAUGGGUACUUGUAGUGAGACCAUCUUUUCUAAGGCUAAUUCUGUAUUAAGUAGUUCCAAAAAGCAAGAACCCUCACCAAGUGGGUGUAUUAGAACUGACCAGAAUGACCUUUUAAAACCCAGUAGCUAUGCUCUAAAGUUUUCUUGUGCUAGUACACCUCCUCAGACUUCAACAACAGGAUCUGAUUUGGUUAACGGAUGGACUCCUGAAAAGUCCAUUCAGUGGACUGUGGUAGGGGUUACAUCUAGCCCCAGUGAAUCAACAAGGGAAGUAGCAGAUUCCUCCCAACGUUACAUCAAUAAUCGUACCUCCCCUGACAGUCAUCUUCAGAUAAAAACAGCACCAAAGAAAGAUACUUCAGAUUCCAGGUUGCUCACAAAGGGUUAUGUUAACCACCACCACCACAAUAGUUCUGUACAAGAUAGAACAACAGGGGUGGAUCAAUCCAAAGUCAGUUCAACAACUGUUGGUUCUGGUUCAAGUCCUUCAUCCAGUCCUGAUAGCCAAGAUAGUUUGUGUUUUAAAGGUUCUCAAAGUUAUACAUCCUCACCUUCCACUACGUGUGAAGUCCCCGAAUAUUUAACUAAAUAUGUGGAGAUCACAAGCAUUGACCAAAGGAUGAGGUACAAAACAGACUUUAAUGCUGAUUACGGAGAAUACCGAAAGCUGCAUUCUCUUAUCUUGGAGGUUUCUAGACGGUUUGCCAUUCUUGAGGACAGGCUAGGGAGUUACGAAAAAGGCUGUGCAGAAUGGGAGAGAACCACACUCGAUAUCAAGAGGGAAUACAAAGAACAAAAGCAAAAAAGAUACCAGGAUGUGAAAAGACGGUUUCAAUACUUACACAAUAAACUGGCCCACAUAAAAAACCUUGUAAUGGAAUAUGAUCAAGCUCACUCGUAGCAGCACUUCAUGGCUGAUUUUAAUACAGAUCUCUAAGGAUCAGGGCUGAUUAUCUUCGGGCAAUUCCCUUGUGAAAGACCUGCUUUGAACUACCAUUCCUUGUGCGGCUCCAUUCACUCCAUUGUCUGUUAGUUAUGUUGGGCAACAAGGAACAAAUUCCUUCCAAGAGAGAGUAUAUUAAGGAAGAAAACAAGAUUCUUCUGAAAGUAAUCACUAAAUGCACCAUACUCAACAUAUCUGUUGUUGCUUUCCUCCUCCGAGUUGGGGUUUGUUUUUUACCAAAGGUCUUCCAGAGAAAUAUUACAACUUCACAGAAUUUUAUAUUAAUAGAUAAUGUACAGGAACUGGAUUUGAUUCUUUAAUAUGUUAUAACUUAAUAGAAAACAUUUUCUAGUUUAUAAAAGAAAAAAAAGAAACGGAAUUGAUCAAAUUGGAGUACCAGCGAUUAGUAACAUAUUUAAAUAAAUAUUUGUGUUAAUUUUUGAAUGGUCUUUUUGUUUUAGGUAAUUUUUUUAUGUAUAUAAAUUUUUAAGAGAAGGUUUCUCACUGAAUAAUAUUGAUAUAAAACUUGUUUUGUUUUCCCUUGACUUGCCUCGAUCGGAAAUGUUAAUAACCAAAAAUUUCAGACUUGUUACUGUACAUUUGUCAAGGUUACUCGUUCUAUUAAUGGUUAACAAAGACGUUCACAGUUCCAGACCAAGGGUAGGCUGGUGGGUCCGAUUCCUUGUCUAAUUAUACAUAUAUUUACUAAUACUGUGAAUAUUUAUAUUGACUUGCGGAGGUUCGUAUGGAGGUGGUCGUCUCUUGGAAGGUUUUACUGAGCCUUUAAUGCUAGUCAGGUAAUAGUAUCUACACAGCAGUUGAAGAAAGAAAAGAACUACUUACUUCUGGGAACCUGCUUAACUGAUAAAUCUCUGAAAACCUUUGAUGUGAUGAGUAUUUAUCAUAUAUAAUAUUAAAAUGGAGAAAUUUAUAUAUGUCUCCAGAAUAAGUAAGAUACCCCCCACCACCACCACCAAAAAAAAAGGGUGAUAUUUCGUCAGAGGUUGUAUAUUUCUGUAGAGAACUAAUUCUAGGUUAAGAAUGACCAUUUACUCUGUAGUGGGGGGUUACAUCAAUUUUAAGUUAAAAUUUAACUAUUUAUGUAGAUGACUGGAAUGGCAAAAUGACUUAUAUUUUUAUGUUGGUGUAUACCACUGUUUGUGCCUUUUUUAUAGUGUAAUGCGUAUUUCCUUACCUUUUGUACAAGAUAGUAUGUAUGUAAAUAGUGUGUGCGUGAGUGUAUGGUGGUUAAUAUAACAAUACUUGUAAAGUGGACCAAACCAAGGUUGAGAAUCAGGGAUUUGAACUUGUUUAUUGUAUCAGUGUGGCUAGAUAUCUCUUGGCUAUGUUCAUACUGAUAUGGCGUAAUGAUAUUCACCGGGAACAAAAAUACUGCCAAUAGGAUGUUUUUCUCAGACUUUUAUAUUAAUUUUGUUUGAAAUAGCUUUAUGUUUUAUUGGUGAAAGCUUAAGUCUAGCAUUAGGCAGGGCAGUGAAAAUCUAUUUUGUUUACUUCUAAAGCUGAAAGAGAAAAUACAAAUGAUUUAGAUAGCAUUAGGCAGGGCAGUGAAAAUCUGUUUUGUUUACUUCUAAAGCUGAAAGAGAAAAUACAAAUGAUUUAGAGAGAUAGAGGUAUGUCCCAAGUUAAUACCAAAUUAGUAGUUCAGAAAUUUGUGUGGUCAGGGCAACUUUCUAGGUCAUUUGAUGUAAGGAACUUUGUACGAAGGAAUUAUGUCUUUAUUCUCCGAGUGUAAAUUACAUGGUCAGGGCAACUUUCUAGGUCAUUCGAUGUAAGGAACUUUGUACGAAGGAAUUAUGUCUUUAUUCUCCGAGUGUAAAUUACAUGGUCAGGGCAACUUUCUAAGGUCAUUCGAUGUAAGGAACUUUGUACGAAGGAAUUAUGUCUUUUGUGACCUUUAAAUGUCUUCAUUCUCCGAGUGUAAAUUAAAACAAGGAAGAGAUUUAUAUCAAAAGAUUAAAAUUUAACAAAAGGGUAACAUUGGGGAUAGCAUUUCAAAUUGGGAUUAGUUUCACCAGACCCCUGUAAGUAUGUAAUAACUAUUUUCAAAGGAAAUCAUUUUUGAAAUUUGGUCUUUAGUUAUCUAGUCACUUGUGUGUUUAACCAUAUGUGGUACUUUCCGUAAACACAGUGGAUUAUUAUUUAUACAAGUGUCUGAAAUAUCGCAAAAGAAAAUAGCUCUUCUUAACUAACAGUAUAUGUAGUUGAUCAAAGUAACCAACAUACUGUAAGUCUGAAUGUUCUAUGUGUAUCUCCAUGGAAUUUAGCAAGCUUUUAGUAAACAUUACAAGACAUUUGUACACAAAAAAUCAGAUUUUU